GGUGGGUAGCAACAGUUGCCCUGGUGAAGACGAAGCGCCAUAGCCACGGUAGCCCUGGCGACAAGAACCCGGCAACGAGAAUCAACAACAACAACGACUGAAUCGGCCAUAAAUUUAAAAGAAGAGCUUUUAACGCCGGGAAUUACAUACGUGGAAUCACAGGGUAAUUACCCAGCCAGUGUAAUGGCCACCUCGGGCUAUGUCGGCGAAAUCCAGCCAACAGCCCCAUCCCAAGGGACUGUUGUCACUUCUGGACAGCCCGAUGCAAGCUCCACAUCAGCAACGACCCCUCAGUUCCUGGCUGAGAUUCAGACCACUGUGGUUACCCCUACAGUUGUCACCCCAACAGCUCAGACUGCACCCACAGAACAAGCCACUUCCAUCAGCACUCAGAAGCCCACUGCUGGCAGUCAAACCCAGUCUGCUGCUCAGACUCAGCCUGCACAAACACAUUAUGUAACAGCUGAAAUCCAAGGCUCCCCCACACAAUCUGGAAAUGGCCAAAGUGCUCCUCAGUACAUCGUUGUUACAGUUACAGCAGAGGGUUCCCUUCACUCAAACGACAGUGUAUCCGACUCCAGUUCCCCUCCAGCCGUCGUGCAGACCGGAGUUCCCACGCAGGUCGUUCAGCAAGUCCAAACAGCCCAGCAGAGGUCAGUGGUCCAGGCCACCUCACAGAUAGCCAAGACUGAGCCGGGCACACAGCUCAAUGUCACCAGUCUACAGCCAGUCCACAUCAGCCCAGAGGUCCAACAGCAGCUUGCACCAGUGCAGGUGCAACAUGUGUACACCAAUCAGGUGCAGUAUGUGGAAGGAGGAGAUACCAACUACACCACCAGCACGAUUCGUUCCGGCACCUUCCCUUAUACUGACACAGCCCUGUACACCCAGACCACUGCUGGCCAGUAUUAUGAAGGUCAGGCGACCUCGGGCACUCAGGCUUCCACCCCUGGUACGCCUCUAACUGUCUCCGUGACCACUGGCACAACAGGAGCUGUGUCCAUGUUUGUGGCACAGCCUAGCAGUGCAACAGGGGGAGGGACUACGGUGGUCUCCACAGGUGGUACCACAAAUGGGUCCGGGGAUGGGGCAGGCACUAAUGGUGGUGCCGCGGGAAGUUAUGUGAUCCAGGGGGGUUACAUGUUGGGCAGCAGCAGCAGCAGUAGCAGCGGCGGCUCAAGCGGCAACAGUCAGAGCUACGCCCACACCGCCCGCGCCUCCCCAGCCACUGUGAGUAUAACGGAGGGCGAGGAGAGUAGCGUGCCGUCGGCAGACAAGAAGGUACAGUGGUUGCUGGACAACUACGAAACUGCCGAAGGAGUCAGUCUGCCACGCUCGACCCUCUACUGCCACUAUCUGCUGCAUUGCCAGGAGCAGAAACUCGAGCCUGUGAAUGCCGCCUCUUUCGGGAAACUCAUUCGGUCUGUUUUCAUGGGACUACGUACACGACGCCUUGGCACACGGGGCAAUUCAAAAUAUCACUACUAUGGUCUAAGAAUCAAAGCGGGCUCUUCUCUUCUCCGCCUAAUGGAAGAUCAGCAACAUCUGGCUAUGAGGCAACAGCCCUUCUCUCAAAAGCAAAGGUUGAAGCCUGUACAUAAAGUGGAGGGAAUGACCAAUGGGACAGCUUCGGGAGCGGGACAGCAGCAACUUCAGCAGCAAGGUUCUGGACAGGUGGACAUCAGCACCCAGGUUCAGCAGUACCAGCAGUUCCUCGAUGCAACCAGAACACUUCCCGAGUUCCCAGAUAUUGACCUCCAGGGGAAGUCCCCGCCCGAGGGUAUCGAACUGGAUCACAUAAAGAGCUUUCAGCUGCUCUACAGAGAACACUGUGAGGCCAUACUGGAUGUGAUGGUCAAUCUUCAAUUUACCCUGGUGGAGACCCUUUGGAAAAGCUUCUGGAGGUUCAGUCAGAGUCAGGCUGGAGAUGCCACACUGGCUGUUCACGAUGAAUCAGAAAAGCGUCUCCCGAAGUCAUGCCUGGUGCUGCUGUGCAAAUAUGACCCGGUGCUGCGAUGGAGCCGUGAUUGUGACAACAGCCUCUAUCAGGGCCUGGUAGAGAUCCUCAUCCCGGAUGUCCUCAGACCAAUCCCCAGUGCCUUAACUCAAGCCAUUCGGAACUUCGCCAAAAGCCUGGAAAGCUGGCUGACCAACGCAAUGAUGAACAUUCCAGAGGAAAUGGUUCGCAUCAAGGUAACAUCAGCCAAUGCAUUUGCCCAGACCCUGCGGCGCUACACCAGUCUGAACCACCUGGCCCAGGCCGCUCGUGCUGUCCUCCAAAACACUGCCCAGAUCAACCAAAUGCUCUCUGACCUCAACCGCGUUGACUUUGCUAACGUUCAGGAGCAAGCCUCAUGGGUGUGCCGCUGUGAAGACCGCGUCGUGCAACGCCUGGAGCAGGACUUUAAGAUGACCCUGCAGCAGCAGAAUUCCUUGGAACAGUGGGCUGCCUGGUUGGAUGGUGUGGUUUCCCAGGUGUUGAAACCCCACCAACACAGUCCUACCUUCCAGAAGGCCGCCAAGCUGUUCCUGCUCAAGUGGUCCUUUUACAGUUCCAUGGUGAUUCGGGACCUCACCCUGCGGAGUGCAGCCAGUUUUGGCUCCUUUCACCUGAUUCGCCUUCUGUAUGAUGAGUACAUGUACUACCUGAUAGAGCAUCGAGUAGCCCAGGCUAAAGGAGAGACCCCCAUUGCCGUCAUGGGAGAGUUUGCCAGUUUAGGACGAGGUCUAAUCAUGCUGGAUGGUGACAAAGAAGAAGAAGAGGAAGAGGAGGAGGAAAGCGAUGAGGAAAGCCAGGAGCUGUCCCUGCCUUCAGAUGCCGUCGUGUUAGGAGACGAAUCUCUGGAGCCUCCUGCCAAGCUGGCCAGAACAGACCAGCGGGUCCUCUUCACAACCGGACCAGCUGACAACUGAACAGCGUUAGACAACUAGAAGACUCGUGUAUAUACAUCAACUAUUGUAAAUGUUGUGCACACUUUUGCUGCAGCCUGUCCCGCUUACUAUUUGUUUCUUGCAGGUCAAUGC